AUGUGUGACAUACUCACUUAUCGUAAAAAGCUCGUCAAAGUGCUAUUUGGAGUGCCUUCUUCUCGUCUGGACCUGUUGCCAUUUUAUGCACGCCUUGUUGCCUCUCUUUCUCCAGUGAUGCCGGACUUGACUACCGAAUUGUCAGCAAUGCUCAUAAAACAGUUUAGGGAUUAUGUACAGAGGAGUGGUCAAGAAAGAGUUGAAGAGAAAAUAAAAUGUGUCAUGUUUAUAUCUGAACUUGUAAAAUUCGGUGUGAUCCCACGCGCUGAAGCUCUUUCCUGCCUUCGACAACUGGUUUACGACUUCCGUGGCCAUUCUGUUGAUAUGGUCUGCGCGAUGAUUGAGACUGCUGGUUACUACCUGUACAGAAAUAGCGACAGUCAUCCGAAGAUGAAAAUCAUCUUGGAUGUAGUACAGAAGAAAAAGGAGCGGAUAAAAGAUGUGCGACAGACGAUGCUGAUAGAUAACGCUUUCUUCGCCUGUAUACCGCCAACAGACUCGGCAGCUGCCAGGAGGGCCCAAGCUGAACCUCCGCUUAUGAUUUUUAUCCGGCAUCUGGUUGUUGACAUUGAUGAGCAUAAUGUGAACACCAAUAUAAAGUGCAUUAGAAGGUUAGCAUGGGAUGAUGAGACGGUUUCUGGAUGGUGUUUGAAAUAUCUGACCUCUCCUUGGCUGUUACCGUAUGCCAACCUCCUCCACCUAGCCAGUGCAGUCGCUGGACUCCAAGGAUUAACCCAUUAUGACUGGAUCUCUACAUAUGUGAUUGAUGCGUGCCAAGAAAUGAUCAGGUAUAGCUCCACCAUCACUGUGAUUUGCUUUAUCAAAAUUUACUGCAGGAUAUCAUUGGAGUUGCCUGGAGUCUUCAAUCAAAAGGCGAUUGCGACUGCUUGCUAUCUGGGAGAGCUGUAUAACUACAGUGUAUGUGACACUCCUGUGAUUUACAAGGUAUGUUUUGUUACUUAUUGUUAAAG